AUGGAUUCUCAAAAGACAUCUGUUGGUGCUAAAAUCAUUCAAACUUCAUCGAAUCAUGGAGAACUUUUUGGUGUAGUUGGUAAGGCGCAGGGACCUAUGAAAAUUUGUGUUCAUUCUGCAACGGGUGGCAUACGUAACGUCGCCCUCCAAGAGUCUGCAACGGGUGGUGGCAUUGUGACAUAUGAGGGUCAAUUUUUCAUCAUCUCAUUAUCAGGGUCAGUCAUGUUGUCAAAAAGUAGUAGAACAUGUGACCUUAGCGUGAUGUUAUCUAGGUCGGAUCAUAUUGUUCUUGGAGGUUGCGUUGCUGGAAAGCUCAUAGCUGCUACUCCGGUACAGGUGGUUCUGAGUAGAUUUAUUCCCGAAAAGGAAAAGCGCGAGUCUAAGGGUGAUGAUGAUGCUCCCAAGGAUAUUCGAAUCGUUGAUCCCUCCCGUAGCUGUGUAGGCAAUUGA